AUGAAACACUUGUUGAUGGGCGGCUCCCAGCUGAUGAGUGUUUGCACGCCUGUCUACAAGAACACCGUGACUGCUAGUGGCGGAGACAAGGCGGGAGACAGGUGCGUGUUCCCCUUCGACUGGAUAGACUACACGUAUAACACGUGCGUCGAGGAUAACCUGGUCGGCCCACCGUUCGCGUGCGCCGGAGAGUUUGCGCUUGCAGAUGACGUAAAAGACGCUCCGACGUAUAUCGACCUGGGCCCCUGGUCCCCCGGGCCACGGUACACCGUGGCCACGUGGGUCAGCCCCUGGCGAAUUGACACCAUGAGGCAGGUAUGGGGACCUUGGUGACACAACACGCAGGGAAAAGCGUCGAUUUUAAGCUACUUUGCUUUUUUGGUCAACGUCAUCAAUUUAGCCCAAUAGUAACAAUAAAGCAAUUAAUUCACGUUUAA